AUGGCUAGGGCUAGUCGGGCAAUCUCUCCAUCUUUGCUGGCCUCGAUCCGUUCACAUCUCCACAUUGGGUCUGAAUCUGACUCGGAGAGCUCCCAGAGCACCACGGCCACUGUACUUGAGUCCCGAACUCAGCCUGGUUCCCCCACCACUCCGCUUGAAGAAAACAUUCUUACCCCGCGGAGUGCUGCCCUCGUCCAGACAGCAGAUGCUAUCGAGCCCUUUCCCGCCUUUGAUGAGGAGGUCUCCGAGAAACAGCGUCAGUGGCAGUGUGCCUACCAUGCCUCCGUCAUGGCUGGCACGCAAGCCCAGAUCCGCCGGGAGACGAUCAACCCAGCCAUCAUUGCGCCAGCUGACCAACCCGAGAACAAGCAGGUUGCGCUCAACCGGGUCAAGGAGCACCUGUCAAAUCCCCACUUGUGUUGGAGCACCCGGGCGCGCUUCAUCGCCCUUACCAACCUGGUGAUUCGUCUGGACCAUAUUCUGUUUCGGAGCAAUGGGGAAUUCCUCAACUCGGCCGCUGUGGCUGACGCCGCGGUCGUCGUUGCGGUAAUCUUACGCUACUUCAUCUGGAUGAACGGGAUGUUGCAUGGGCUGGUCGCCGCGGCCGAUCAUGUUUUCGGCGCUCUCCACCCUCUCUCGGCGGAGGAUAUGCCGGUUAUCUUCAAGUACCGACAGAUGGCACAAGUUGCAUCUGCUCAUCUCCGAAAGCCAAAAGAAUUGGAGGAGCAGCUGCUCGCUCUGUACCAAAAUCUCUUCGAUGAGUGGAUCCACGAGCGCUUCUUGCACAUGAGCAAUCGCAAGAUCCUGCACGAUAUCCGAAUCGAGCCGGCCUGCCUGGAACUGAUCAGCCAUGUGCACGAUAUCUGGGAACUGCUCAUGCGAAGUGCGACGAAUUACACGACCUACAUGACUCGGCUGGACGAUAUUCGUCGUGUGUAUGGGCUCCCAUUCUUUGUGAUGACUGAGAUGGCUGAACCCCCUGAGAUUGACGGUCUCUCCGUGAGUGGUACGCCUUUGCAGGUGCCAAAGCAGGGGAAUAAGAGAAAGUAG